CGCCCGGCCCGGCCUCCUCGGGCCGCCAUGGCCGCGCCCGCCGCGGGGGACGAGCUGCCCGUGCCCGAAUCAGGUGCUGUUUUCACAUUUGGGAGAAGCAAAUUUGCAGAAGAUGUUCCUAGCAAGUUCUGGUUCAAAAAUGACAAGCCUGUACUUAUAUCAUGUGGAGAUGAGCAUACCGCUAUUAUUACAGGGAAAGGUAAACUAUACAUGUUCGGCAGUAACGACUGGGGCCAGUUAGGACUGGGAUCAAAGAGCACUGUCAGCAAACCAACAUGUGUUAAAGCUUUAAAACCAGAAAAACCAAAACUUGCUGUUUGUGGAAGAAAUCACACUUUAGUUUACACAGAAAAAGGAAAUGUGUAUGCUGCUGGAGGUAACAGUGAAGGUCAGCUGGGAUUAGGUGACACAGAAGAAAGGACCACAUUUCAUUUAGUAAGUUUUUUCACCAGCCAGCACAAGAUCAAGCAGCUAGCAGCUGGAUCAUACACCUCAGCAGCAGUAACUGAGGAUGGGCAGCUUUUUGUGUGGGGUGAUAAUUCAGAAGGUCAGAUUGGCUUGGCCAAUGAAUCCUGUGUCAGUGUCCCUUGUCGAGUGGAUGUUGGAAAACCUGUUUCCUCUGUAUCCUGUGGAUAUUAUCACUCUGCCUUGAUAACAGGAGAUGGUGAGCUCUAUACUUUUGGAGAACCUGCAAAUGGUAAACUGGGAUUAUUGCCUGAACAGCUGAAGAACAAUAGAGUCCCACAGCCUGUACUGGGAAUUAUGGAAAAAGUUAAUAAGGUUGCUUGUGGUGGAGAGCACACAGUGGUGCUGACAGAGACAGAUGUCUAUACUUUUGGACUUGGACAAUAUGGGCAGCUGGGCCAUGGUACUUUUGUUUUUGAAUCUUCAGUGCCGAAGUCUGUGAAACACUUGAAGAAGCAUAAAAUACGUAACGUUGCAUGUGGGGAAAAUCACACUGCUGUAAUAGCAGAGAAUGGCCUCAUGUUCACUUUUGGAGAUGGACGACAUGGCAAGCUGGGCUUUGGAGAAGAGAGUUUUACAAACCUGUUUGAUCCCACUCUGUGUUAUAAUUUCUUGAAGUUCACAGUGCUAUUGGUUGCUUGUGGUGGUUGUCACAUGCUGGUUUUUGCUGCUCCAAGACCGAAAGGAUCAGAAGAAAUACCCUUAGAAGAUUUGUAUGAGAAUCCUUUGACUGCUACUAUCCCUAAAAUGAGCGGGGACUUUGUACUGGCAGACACCUUACAACUGUCAGCAGCACGAAUGCGACGUCGGGAGAGGGAAAGGUCACCAGAACAGUUUAUUCGAAUGGCACGAACUCUGCCUCCACUGGGAGAAAGCUUCUUAAAAUCUUCAUUGCCUGUGACAAGCAACACUACCCCAUUCAGUUUUUCUGCAACAAGUCUUCCUAAAGCUGAAUCUGUGGCAGAUGGAGACAGUGAAAAAGAAAAUGAUCAUCAAAAGGAUAAACCUGGUGAAGCCUCUGCAGAAGAAGAUUCAGAUGAUGACAGUGCUGAGAGAAACCUUGGAGAUACAACUGACAUCCUAAAUAUGACACAUGCAAUGAAAUUGAAUCCCAGUGACUGGUCCAUAGAAUUAUCACCACUCCAGAAACAGAAGAAAGAGCAUAGCAGUGAGUGCCUCAGAAGAUUUUUCCAGAGGAGGUGGAGGAAGAAGAACAAUAAAAAUGUGAAACUGAAAAGAGAUGGUAAGGGUGGGCUGAAAAAUAAGGAUUCUGAUUCCACAAAGGAGGUCUCAGAAUUAGACUCUGGCUCUUUACAAAAACAGUCCUCACUUUCUGAGUCACCAGGACAAGAUUUAGAAAAGAGUAGUGCCUUUGUAGGGAAGUCUGUGGCCAAAAAAAAAACAACAAAAGCUAAACCUGAGCAUACACAAAGUGUUAGUACUUUGAAGAGGGGUGUUCAACAAAUGACUAGGGACAAAAGCAGAUUAGUGAAAAGGCAAGAAGAAUAUAUGGAAAAUCCUGAAUUUUUCAGAGAGGAUGUAACUUAUAAUCUUCCAACUGAAAAUCAAAUUCUGUCUGAAAAACCAAAUUCUUCCAAUAAAAAAUCAAAAGCCGUUAAAUCUAAGCAAUCACUUAAAAUAGAGGUACUUCCUUCUGCAUCCAGGGAUCACCCCCAGACUGAUGAUUCCUUAGUUGUAGAAAAAUACAAUCUCGUUCAAAAGCAAGAAAGUCGAGAAGCAAUAAAAAGUCAAAACAAAAUAAAGGAUGUUGCUGAAAAAUCUGAGAAGUGUGAAAGAACACACGUCAAAGGAGAAGAAAGCAGUACAGAGAAGACAGAGAAGAUAGGGUUUAAAAUAUCUGUAACUAUGUCAUCGUCUUCAACUGAGGAAAGUAGUUAUGAUCUUGAAAAGUAUGUGCUUAAGCGUAGGAAAAAAGAAGAGGACUACAAUGAAGGCAGAGACAUCCAGAGGGCAAGGAGAACAGUAGAAAACGUGGAAGAUUUGGACUUAGAAAAAGAAGACAGUGAGAUUGAGGAGAUGCAAAUUAGAAACAAUGAGAAAGAAUGUGUAGAAGAGACUGAUUUAAAAAGCCAGAAUGAGGAAGAAACAAACUCUGAUGCUAAAUCUGAUGAAGAUGGGCAAUUAGAAAUUAAGAAUGGGGAGGAUUCUGAUCAAGAGCAGGAGGGUGAAGGUAGUGAAAAGGGUGAAAGUGAAAAAGAAAAAUUAGAUGAAACAAUUGACAGUGAAGGUAAAUUAGGGGAGGAAGAAGAAGACAGUGAGUAUGAGAAAGGUAGAGAUGAAGUUUCAGUAGAAAAAGAUAAAGAUGAGGAGGAAAAAGAUAAUGAGGAAGAACAUGAAGGAGAGGAGUCACAGGCUGAGAGAGACAGUAAGAAUGAGGGUGCAGAGGAGAUUGAAGAGGUUAAUCAGGAAGAUGGAAAAGAUCAGGGAGAUGAGCAAGGCAGGUUGAUGAAGGAAGAAGAAAUGCUGAGUGAGGGAGAAAAGGAGGAUAUGGAGAAGUAUGCAAAAGAGGAAGGCACUGAAGAAGAAAAGGAGGAACAGGUUAAAAGUGAGGGAAGAAAUGAGAGCGAGGAAGGAGGUGAACAUAGAGAGGGGGAGGAAGAAAAAGAGACAGAGGCAGAAGAGGAAGGAGAAGAUGAGAAGGAAGAUGAAGAAGAAAAUGAAGAAAGGGAGAAAGAAAAAGACGAAGGUGAAGAGAAGGAAUUAAGAGAACCAUUGGCAGGGAAGGAAGAAGAUGUAUCUGAAGAAGAACAGGAAGAAGAAGAAGAUAUGAGGACUAAGAAGGUGGAGGAGGAUGGAGUGGAGGAAGAAGGAGAAGAAGGGGAGGAUGAAGCUGAAGAGGAAAGAAAAGAUGAGGAGAAAAAAGAAGGAACAGGGCUAGAAGCAGAAGGGGAGGAGGGUGGAGAAGAUGAAAAGGAAGAAGAGGGGGGAAAUGAAGAAGAGGAAGAAGGGAUAGAAGAAGAUGAGGGAGUGGGGGAGGAAAAAGAAGAGGGAGUUGGAGAAGAUGAGGGAGAAGAGGCAGUGGAAGAAGAAGAGGGAGAUGAGGAAGAAGAGGGAGAAGAGGCAGUGGAAGAAGAGGGAGAUGAGGAAGAAGAGGGAGAAGAGGCAGAGGAAGAAGAGGGAGAAGAGGCAGUGGAAGAAGAGGGAGAUGAGGAAGAAGAGGGAGAAGGGGCAGUGGAAGAAGAAGAGGGAGAUGAGGAAGAAGAGGAAGAUGAGGAAGAAGGAGUGGAAGAAGAAGAAGAGGAAGAGGAGGGAGAAGAGGGAGUGCAGGAAGAAGAAGAAGAGGAAGAAGAAGAAGAAGAAGAAGAGGAAGGGGAAGGAGAAGGGGAAGAGGGAGAAGAAGAAGGGGAAGAGGGAGAGGGAGAAGAAGAAGAAGAGGAGGAAAGGGAUGUAGGAGAGGAGGAAGAGGAUGAGGGAGAGGAGGAAGAAGAAGAGGAAGAGGAAAAAGCAAAACAUAAAAGAAAAAAUUAUCAUAAUAAGCUUCCACAAAAGAAAAGCAAAUCCAGGAAGUCAGAAAAGACAGAAAGUACUGCUUUACCAAACAGCUCUAAACAAACCAUGAAGUCCAAACAGCGUGUAGCAAAUGGUUUACAUAAUUCAGAACAAUUUUGGAACAAUGUGCUACCUCAUUAUUUAACACUAAAGUAGAAUAGACUACUGGACAUGCAUUUUAAACCUCUUCAGGAAACUUCGGAACGAUGGCAGGUUGAUUUUUAUUACUUAAAAAAAAUUCUAAUGUAGUCAAAAUACAUUAUCAUGCAUUUAAGUGCCAAUUUCUCCAAAAAGACUGAAGAAAAUGUUUAGAUUUGGGAAGCUUUUAUAAGAGAAAUCAUAAGUUGUUGAUAUAGUCAUUUUUACAAUCACAUUUAUCAUGUAUGACACAGAUUUAAAAAAUAAUUGCUGAGGAGGUAAACUGUGUUUGCCUCUUAAUUAAAUUGUAAUGUUGUGUUGCCAACAUGAAUUAUACAUUGCAACAGUGUAAUCUUCUUUGCCUUUGAAUCAGCAAUACAUGAAUAUUAGUUGCAGGACAGCUUACUUGUUACUGUGCCUUAUAUGAAAGGCGUGUCGGUAAAUUAGCAAAUAUACAUAUUUUUAAAUUUUGCUGUCAGUCCAUAUUCAUUCCCCCUACUUUUCUUCUGUUCAUACAUUGGUAAAAUGUUUGAGUACUCAGCAUCAAUUAAAGAAAAGAUAAGUUGCCAAAUUUUGGGUCAGUUGAUGAGAGGUAAAUGGAAAUACAGGCCUGGGUAAGUGAUGGCCUGGCAUUUUUCAAAGGCCUUAAGGUCGACUUUUUGUUUUGGUGUUUGGCACACAAUUAUGUGCAAAUGCACAAGUCUCAGAAUCUGUCCUAGCUUAAGUUAGAGUCAGAAUGUGUCUGUUCAGGGAUAAUUUUUAGCUUUCACCCUUGGUGAAAAGAAUUUGAAAAUACACUUGUAAACUUUUUUUACUUGUUUAUACUGUGCAGUACACAGAAGAUUAUAUAUCUGCCUACAAAACACUGCAUUAUAUUAGUCAUCUAACUCUAAGGUUCUCAGGAAGGGGAAUAUAUUCUGUUGCUGUGUGAAGCAUAUAUAUGUUUUCGGUAUCUGAGCCAAAGCUUCUCCUCAUUGGAGGAGAUCUGUGCUUUUCCCUUCUAAAAAAUCACAUCUGUGAUCUCUCAAAAGAGGUAGAGCUAGAAGCCAGAUGGAAUAGUAAAGAAAGUGGCAAGAAAGUCUGAAUUCUUUUGGGAAAAGACAAGGUUAAUACUUCUGGAGUUUCCUUAAAAUACACAAACAAGUCUUGCAAGUUAUUUUUGUAAGAUAUUGCAUUACUGUUUCAACUACUGGGGGCUGAACUGGCAAAUGAAGAGAUAGGGACUUGUCAUAUAGCACUGUUACUUAAAUUCUAUGCUAAUGGGUGGUCUGGGACAUUUUUUUAAACAGAACUCAGUAUUGACAUUCAUUUUCCAGCAAGAUAGUUACUUAAAUCCUAUUUGAAAAUGAGAACAGGAGAAGAAAGGAAUCAAAAUGAGUAAAUGUCAUUCAAUAAAAAUGUUAAUGGAAUCAAUACUUACGUUGGGAUUAUGAAACAUUUUUAAUACUGUUUUGUAAGAUACUGGCAUUAAACUAUCUUUGAUACAA